CUAACCGUUUGUUUUUGGUGACAGCAAAGUGCGCGCGUUUGUUUCCUAUCGAGACGUUUCAUGCGGCUUGGUAAUUUGUUUUUGCCGAGCUUAAUUAAUGUAGUGACUGUUUUUAUUCGUCCGUGUUCGUUAUUCUUCUACAAUGUCCAAGCAAAGCAAAGACAAACUGAACAGUUCCGUGACACUGUUCAACUAUUUUUCCCGAUCACCAGCAACACCCAAACUCAAGCCGUCGUCGUCAAAUCCAGGAACACCGGUCGCCGCCAACGAUAGUAAAACAGGGAACGGAACUCCUAAGUCCAUCAAAAAAGAGACAACUACCCCUCGCUCGAAUGCCAAGGUGAGCGAACGGAAGGAAGACGAUGACCGCGAAGAGGAAAUUGCACCGAUGAAAAAGCGUCGCCGAAUUGUAAUAGAUGAAUCCUCUGACGACUCGGAAACAGAAAACAAGGCUAAGAAUGAUAAAACACCACCAAAACUUUCUUCCUUCGAGCGGCUGGACAAAAACAGGACAGAUUCACCCAUGCAGAAGAGGAUUAAAUUGGAGGAAGAUAACUGUGCUAAGGCUGUGCCUGAGCCCAAACAACUAGCUGAAGACGAGGAAGAUCCAGCCACUUCAACGUUGGAUGAGCCUACAAUUUGGGCUCACCAGAAGCUGGAUUUUUUGAAACCGGGAAAGAUCAAGGAUAUCCAAGGGAACAAACCAGGAAGUGAGAAAUAUGAUGCCAGAACACUCUACGUCCCUGAGUCGUUUCUGAACACCGUAACCCCGGCUAUGCGUCAAUGGUGGGAGCUCAAAUGUAGACACAUGGAUUGCGUGCUGUUCUUCAAAGUCGGCAAAUUCUACGAGCUCUACCAUAUGGAUGCCACCGUUGGAGUAACAGAGCUAGGAUUUUCGUACAUGAAGGGUGAAUUUGCACAUUCCGGAUUCCCUGAGAAGGCGUACGAGCGGAUGGCCACUGUUUUAGUUGAGAAAGGAUACAAAGUGGCUCGGGUGGAACAAACUGAAACGCCGGAGAUGAUGCAGGAGAGAUGCCGAAAGACUAAAUCCAACAGUAAAUACGAUAAAGUGACGAAACGGGAGAUUUGUCAAGUGACCCAGCUAGGAACGGAAGUGUUCGGGCAGCAAGUGCGUUUAACGCUUAACCAUCAACCAAAAUUCAUGCUAGCUAUAACGGAACGUGGUAAAGCCGGAGUGUGCGAUCGCUAUGGUGUUUGUUUCAUCGAUACGUCGCUUGGAGUUUUCCACGUUGGAGAAUUCGAUGAUGACAACCAGGCAUCGCGCCUUCUAACGCUUCUGUCUCAUUACACUCCGUGUCUGGUUUUGCAUGAACGAAGCUUGUCUUCGCCUGGAAUUCAACAAGUGUUUAAAACGGUUCUUGCCGGAACUCGUAAGGAGGCUCUGACGAAUGAGUCCCAAUUUUGGAAGGCCGAAAAAACUUUGAAGUACUUAGCGGAACAUUUUUAUGGUAGUCCCAGCGAAGACAAAACAUCGAAAUGGCCAGCAGUGAUUCGUUGUAUGAUGGAUGCAAAUGACCAUCUAGGACUGACUCCUGAUGAUCGCUUUCAACUUGCCCUGAAAGCUUUGGGCGGAUGUGUUUGGUACCUGAAGCGAUGUUUGUUGGAUCAGCAAAUUAUUUCGUUGGCCAGUUUCGAGCUUUAUGUUCCUCCAGACGACACAACGACAAGAAGGGGUAUCGAAAUUGCAAACACCAAUCGAUUUAUGGUUCUGGACGCCAUUACCCUGAACAAUCUCAGAGUCGUGGAAGGCGAACAAUCACUGGUAUCGAAAAUGGACCAUUGUUGCACCAUGUUCGGUAAACGACUGCUGCAUCAUUGGAUCUGUUCGCCAAGCUGUGAACGUGAAGUCAUCGUCGAACGACAGGACGCUGUGACGGAACUGUUGUACGGUAUAAGUCUUCUGCAAGAUGUGCGACAAGUUUUAGGCGAAUUGCCAGAUCUGGAGAGAAUGUUGGCCCAGAUUCAUACUUUUGGUAAUGCCGAGCGCAGCAAAAAUCACCCCGAUGGAAGAGCUAUAUUGUAUGAGGAACACAUUUACGGCAAGAAAAAAAUUCAGGAUUUCAUAAACACUCUACGAGGAUUCAGAGCGUUAACCAAGCUACCGGAACUGUGUAAAGGUGUUACAUGCAAAUUGUUGAUUAGAUUGACGCAGACCGCAAACGACGGUGGGUCGUUUCCUGAUAUGAACGCCAAAAUUCGGUUUUUCGAAGAAUCAUUCGACCAUGAGGCGGCUCUAGAAAAAGGAAUAAUUGCUCCCGGACCCGGCCUCGACGAGGAAUACGAUGCUGUUCAACAGGAGAUUCGUGAAAUCGAAGAAGAAUUGGAAAAAUAUAAGCGAGCCCAGGAAAAGUAUUUCGGUUGCAAGAUUAGUUAUUUUGGAACGGACAAAAAACGCUUCCAGCUUGAGAUCCCAGAGGAUGCAGCAAAGAAGGCAAAAAGUAGCUAUAGUCUGGAAGGUCAGAAAAAGGGUAAAAAUGGUGUCAAGCGAUACCAUACAGAGGAAACGCGCGAUUUCCUCAAACGGAUGAUGCAAGCUGAGGAUAAGAGGAAGGUAGUUUUGAAGGGUCUGUCUCGAAGAAUUUUCGAGAAGUUUUCUGGUGAUUAUGAGCUCUGGAAGACGUGCAUAGAUUUGACUGGAAUGGUAGAUGUUUUGACAUCUUUCGCGGAAUACGCACGCAGUGGGGGUGAUAUGUGCGUGCCAGUUAUUCUAGAUGACUCGGAAGGGCAGAUUUUCGAGCUUGAGGAAGGAACUCAUCCUUGUGUCAGCGAUCGCGACAACUACAUCCCCAAUGGCGUUAAGCUUGGCACGGAAAACUCGCGUAUGAUCUUGUUGACUGGACCCAACAUGGGUGGAAAGAGUACACUCAUGCGACAGGUUGGAAUUUUGGCAGCCAUGGCACAGAUUGGAUCACUAAUUCCGGCCCAAAGCUGCCGGAUGACGCUCAUAGAUCGCAUUUUCACCCGUCUUGGAGCAAACGAUGACAUUAUGGCAGGUCACAGUACCUUCUUGGUAGAGUUGAACGAAACCUCCACGAUCUUGAGACAUGCAACCGAACGCAGUCUGGUGUUGUUGGACGAAUUGGGUAGAGGCACAGCUACAUACGAUGGAACCGCAAUCGCUGGAGCGGUUGUUGACUUUCUAGCCACUAUGAAAUGUCGCUCGAUGUUUUCCACUCAUUACCAUAAUUUGGUUGACAAUUUCGCCGGGGAUGGUCGUAUCAGUUUGGGACACAUGGCUUGCAUGGUCGAGAACGACGAUGACGACGAUCCAACGCAGGAAACGGUCACAUUCCUUUACAAGUAUGCGGACGGUGCCUGUCCCAAAUCGUACGGGUUCAAUGCUGCCAAAUUGGCAGGAAUGCCGGCAAGUAUAAUCAAACGGGCUCACGAGCUCUCUAAAUCCGUUGAAGUCGAAGCACUAAAGCGGAAGAUCUUCACCAAAUCACUUCAACGAGCCGAUGACAACGAGGUGAAGGAUUUGUUGAGAAAGAUUAAAGCGUGUAGAUUUUAAUGGUCACCAUCGUAUUGAUGUGAGUACCCAAAAUAAAUUGCUCGAAAACAUUUUUGUAGGGUUCCUAACGACAUAGUCGAUAUAGAAAUGGAGAAAUCCAUUAUUGUUCCCAAAUCUCAAGUAUUACAUUUCGAUGCGCCAUAACCAUAUUAUUUGUUAUACUAUUUGUUGUACAAUAAACAUUCAGAUUACUUCGGA